UUAGAUUAAAAAACAUAUUUAUAAGAAAUAAUUGGAUAUUUGUAAGAAUUAUAUUUUAUUCCUUUGGUAACAAGUAUAAAAAGACCAAUACAAUAUAAAUUAUGAUGUAAGUCAAAUUUUAUAUAAUUAAUGUAAAAAAAAUGUUUUCAAGACUUCGUGGAUUUGUGAAUCGUCAUAGACGAAAGUUUAUAGUGGGAGGUAUUGUUGUUGGUAGUAUUAUUUUUAUCAGAUAUACAGCACGUAGACUUCGAGAAUGGCAAGAGAAAGAAAUAAAAGAUAUGCUAGACAGAUCAAAACGUCGGCAAUAUUUUGAAUGUAAUGAAAGAACAUGUAGUCAGAUGAUAGUAUCUCUCACAUCAACUUUAAGAGAUUCUAUAGUAAAAGUUUUGGAUACUAAUACUAUUGUAAAUAAGCUCAGAAAUGGUUGUCCUGAUAAAAUAGCAUGUUGGAAUGAAUUAAAAGUUUUAGCAAUUGCUAGGUCUGCUGUAGUAGUUUAUUCAUAUGCUAUGUUGGCAACUUUAAUAAGAAUUCAAUUUAAUGUAAUGGGUGGUCAUGUAUACAAGGACAUUCAAAAUUCUAAUGGUACAACUACAGAAAAUAUUAUACAAACAAAAUAUAUGUCACUUUCACGUCAUUUUAUAUAUGAUGAAAUAAAAAAAUUAAGUUUACUUAUAAAAGAUAAAGUGGCAGAAAUAACAGCAUCAAUAUCUUUGAAAGAUGAAUUAACUUUAAGAGAUAUAGAAGAAAUAUAUUGGGCUUUAACAUCUUCUAUUUCUGCAGAUAGUUCAAAGAAUCCUAUAAAAAAUCUUGCUGAAUAUAUGCUAUUGUCAAAUUGUGAGGAAGAACAAUCACCUAUACUAUUAAAAUUAUUCAAUGAAACAUUGGAUCUUUUGGAAACUGAAGAAGUACAAAAUUUAACACAAAGUAAUAUUAGAAAUGGAUUUAGUUUAUUAGUGGACCAUAUUUCUGCAUUCUUUGUUGGUUCUCCUAUAAUAGAAAACAGUAAAACUGCUCAAAAUGGUAUUUCAGUGCCAGGAACAUCAAAUCAAAAUAGCAUAAGCAUGAAAUAUGAUUCAAGUAUAUUUACAAAUAUUAAUAAAAUAUCAAUGCCAAUGGCUAAAUUAAUACCAAUUAUAAAUGGACAAGUACCAGAUAAAUCAACAUCAAGAGAUUUUCAAAAUGAUUUAUUACAACGUCUUAUAACAAAUAAUGAACUUAAAACACUUGGAGCAAAUAUAUAUGAAGCAUUUAGUAUUUAAAUUUAAAAAUUUAAA